AUGGCACAAAAUAUCUACGAAUUUCCAGUGCUCUAUCAACACAACCGAAUUGAAAACAUUCAACAAAUGUUGGAUGCACUGGAGCAUUUGGAGAGAGUGAGUGUUUCCGUGUUUCAGAGAAUUACGGACAAGGUGAAUGAACAUCGGAAUAUUCUGAAUCAAGUACAACGGAGAGCUAUUGUGGCUCAACAAGCCGUGGAGUGCAUACAGAAUGAACGUAAGAAUGAAGCAACCCGAGUGUUGAGUAGUCCUCAUUAUCCCGAUAAGGAAACCAUCUCGAGUGAUGAAUAUAAACCAAGUUUUUCGUUACGGGAUAGAAUUGGUAUUCAACAAAUGGAAUUCCACAAGUAUAAUCCUGGACCAAAUAAUAUUCUGUAUAAUCAUAAGCGUUACAAUCCAAUUGAUCACUUUGAAAAAUCUCCCACACGUCAACACAAACAACAAAAAUCCAAAGCAUCACUCGCUCUCGCAAAGAAGGUCGAAGAUGGCAUUGGAAAACUUCCUUUCAAUCAUAUUCAAUCUGUGAGCGAAUUACUUUGUUUCAAUACCAACAUGAACGUCUAUUCACGUUAUCAUGGAGCUGAUCCUCUCCUCGCAAACUAUCACACGACCAUGAUGAUGUUGGCCAUGUCCGAUGAGAAAUCAGGCAAUUCACACGAUGGAAAAGGUGGAGCCAAUAGUGGCAAUGCACACGAUUUCCUUAGUGCUGCCUCGAGUUUGUACAUUGAUCCUGCACCACCAUCCUUAUCCAAAGAUUCCAUCUAUGACAUGUAUUGGGGCUCGUCAGCGUUGCAAGAACAAAACAUUAAGCCAUUCGUUCCAACAAUUAGAGAAUUACCCAUGUUCGAAUUUCCUUCCAAUCUUGGUUUACCAAAUAUUGUAGACACCAAACAAUGGGAUCUUUCUCUUGAUAAUAUGCCUUCCAUCGCUCCAUCUUCGUUACCUUCUUUGGAUUUAGGAAGUACCUCUUCCGGUACUGCCAUUGCUUCAACUCCAGAGAUGGUUCCUUCAACAGCCUCAACAACGAAUGCUGGUGUUCCUCCACCACCUGUCACCUCUGGUUCUGUUCCCCCACCUCCAACGAUGACAAGUGGCAGCAUUCCACCUCCACCUACGAUGGGAGGUAACAUUCCUCCUCCGACGAUGGGAGGUAACAUUCCACCACCACCAACAACCAUGGGCAAUAUUCCUCCACCUCCAACAUCAACCAUUCCAACUCCUCCAGUUGCGGUUGUCUCAUCUGCUGAGACAGGAGGUGAUGCUGAUGCAACUGCCAAUAACGCAGAAGAUGGCGGAGGCGGAGGUGGUGGUGAUAGAUCUGAUCUUUUAGCUUCUAUUCGAAACUUCUCCAAGAACAAGUUAAAGAAAGCAAACAAGUAUCGUGACAAGGAAACAUCAAAAGAAGACUCGGCGCCUCAAAAAUCUUCUGGCGGAGGUGGUGACAUGAUGAGCGACUUGUUCAGAAAAAUCAGCCUUAGAAGAAAUGCCAUUGAGGGAAGCAAGGAUGACAACAAGAAAAAGAAGAAGAAAAAGGAUAAGAAAGAAUCUUCUGAUAUUAUUCCUCCUCCUCAACCUGCAUCUUCAACACCUACAACGACAACACCUACGACCACAGCUGCUGAUUCAUCUGCGGCAACUGAGCUGCCAGUUAUUCCCCCACCCUCACGACCACCAGAAGAAGAUGGAUCCUCAGAAUCGGAAGAUGACAGCUGGUAA